GUUGCAGUCCAGACAAGUCUCUCUCUCAACAAACUUCAGACUUUCAGGUUGACAGCACAACAAAGCCUCUGAGAACAAACAUGGCCACAGCAAGUAGUCUCCUCUCUGAAGAUCAGUGUCUGUGCCCCAUUUGUCUGGAUGUAUUCAAUGAUCCAGUGACCAUACCAUGUGGACACAACUUCUGCAAGAAAUGCAUCCUGGAACACUGGAAUAUAAAUGUCCAGUGUCAGUGUCCCAUGUGUAAAGAGCUUUUUGACAGAAGACCUGAACUACGGGUCAACACUUUUAUAUCUGAGAUCGCUUCUCAGUUCAGGCAGUCAGCUCAGAAGAAAACCAGCAGCAGCUCAGAGAAACAACAAGCCAAAGCAGGAGAAGUUCUCUGUGACGUCUGCACUGAAACCAGGCUGAAGGCCCUGAAGUCCUGCCUGGUGUGCCUGACCUCCUACUCUGAGACUCACCUGGAGCUUCAUCAGAGAAUCACAGGCCUGAAAAGACAUCAGCUGAUUGAUCCUGUGGAGAACCUGGAAAGCAGGAUGUGUAAGAAGCAUGACAGACCUCUGGAGGUGUUCUGUAAGACUGACCAGAUGUGUGUGUGUCAGUUCUGCACUGAGUCUGAUCACAAGCUGCAUCACACUGUUCCUCUGAUAGAGGCAUAUAAGGGAAGGAAAGCUGAACUGGGAAAGACAGUGGCUGAAGUCCAGCAGAUAAUCCAAGAGAGACGACUGAAGAUUCAUGAGCUCAAACAGUCAGUGAAGCUCAGCAAGGAAGAUGCAGACAUGGAGACAUCAGCCAGUGUGAAGGUCUUCACUGCUCUGAUCCGGUCUGUCGAGAGAUGUCUGGCUGAGGUCAUUGAGAAGAUUAAAGAGAAGCACAAAACAACAGAGAAACAGGUUAAAGACUUCAUUAAAGAGCUGGAAGAGGAAAUCACUGAGCUGAUGAAGAGAAACUCUGAGCUGGAGCAGCUCUCAAGUACUGAAGACCACCUCCAACUCCUCCAAAGCCUCCCGUCUUUGAACACUGCUCCACCCACCAAGAACUGGACUGAGGUCAGAGUUCACUCAUCCUAUGAGGGGACUGUGAAGAGAGCUGUGGCUCAGCUGGAGGAGACACUCAGUAAAGAGAUGAAGAAGCUUUGUUUCAACACUGAGCUGAAGAGGGUUCAGCAGUACUCUGUGGAUGUGACUCUUGAUCCUGAAACAGCAAAUCACCAUCUCAUCCUGUCUGAUGACGGGAAGCAAGUCAGUCAUUGUGACAAACAGCAGAAUCUUCCAGAAAGCCCAAAGAGAUUUUGUAAUUAUUCUGUCCUUGGAAAGCAGGGUUUCUCUUCUGGAAAAUUUUACUAUGAAGUCCAAGUUAAAGGGAAGACUGGCUGGUUGUUGGGGGUGGCCAGAGAGUCUGUCAGCAGAAAGAACAUCUUGACAUGGUGCCCUUCGAAUGGCUACUGGAUUGUACAGUUGCUGAAUGGAAAUCAGUAUGAAGCUUUAGCUAGCACUUCAAUCCCUCUCACUCUAAAGUCAAAACCUGAGAAGGUGGGGGUGUUUGUGGAUUAUGAGGAGGGUCUGGUCACUUUUUAUGACGUAGACGCUGCAGCUCUCAUCUACUCCUUCACAGGCUGUGACUUCACUGAGAAACUCUACCCAUACUUUAAUCCACAUAGUAAUAAUCGGGGCAAAAACUCCGCUCCCCUAAUCAUUUGUCCCAUCAACCAAGUUGAUUAGUCAAACCUCUUUUUGUUCGGAUUUCUUUGAAUCCUUUUUUUUGUGUUUCUCAUUACAGCAAAACAACAAUCAUUUCCCUAUCUUUGUGAAGUUCAUUUCACUGGGUUUUCCAACCUGUAAAUAAGUCUUCAAGUAAACAUUACAUUUUUUAUACACUAUUCAUUUGUACACUGUAAAACACUUUAAAUGCAUUACAGAAUCCCUAAAAAGUACAUUUGUCCUCUGAGGGUUUAGUGCACUCUUUGUUUUGCUGCACUGGGAGGCGCCAGAGAUUUAGUCAAGAUAGUGGAGAUUGUGUGGUUAAAUCAUUGCAAUCUUUGAUUAUUUCAAGCUUCAGAACCAGCUCACUUUGCAAAGUUUUACUUUGAUUAUUUCCUUAUUUACAUAAAAAAAAAUUGAAUUAGAGACAACUAUUUUCCCUAUUCAGAAUCAGAAACUUUAAUUUCUUUCUAGAGAAUCAUUUUAUGAAUAAGUUUAAACCCAAAUCAGAAUCCAAUCACAAUUUGAUGGGCAUUUUCAUUCUAAUAAAAUAUUUUUUAUUUCAUUUUCAUAUCAUUGAAAGACAUUUACCAGUGAAUCAGAGACAAUGUUAUGUUUUACUUUUAUGACAUUUUUUUAAGUAUCCACUAGUUAUUUAAUGAAAUCAUUGUAUUCAUGUAAAUCAUGAAACAGUGUAUGAAGAUAUUUUAUGGUUGCACAACUAGUUUGUAUUUUAAUUAACAGGAAAUACCUUUGCAACUAAAACAAACACUGUGUGAGUCUGUACAGCCAGCCUACUUUCUGUCAGUUCAAUAAAUUCUUUCUCUCUGAUGUCACAGAUUAAGGUCUUAAAUCUCAGCCUGGGAUUCAUUUUAAUGUUUUGCUUUCUUGUCUGAGAAGACGCCAUGCAGUUAGCCCUAGCAACAUGUAGUUCCUUAUCAAAGAUGCUGUAUGUAUGUAUGUAUGUAUGCAUGUAUGUAUGUAUGUAUGUAUGAAUAAUGUGUGUGUAUGGAGUUACGCGUGACAAAAUUUCGCAAACAAAAAAUGUUUUUUCAAAACGUUUCUGGUCAAUUUUGUGUUGUUCUGCUCUAGCGUUAGCAGGUUUAGCUAACUAGGUUACUAUUGCAACGAUGGAAGUCCGCACAUUUAAAAAUGGAGACGCGGCUCCCAUGAUGCUUUGGGGUUUGUCAUUCAUCAUUGUGUUCUGCUUGUACCUUGAAAUUAUGUUAAAUUUGAGUGAAAAACCAGUGUAGUUAUUGUGUUUAUGUGGGGGUUGCUUGUGUAAGGCAGGUACUCAUAUGUUUGAUGUGUUAGUGUAAUGUUACCAGGACUGUAGUCACAAUCUUUUCUGCAUUCACAGGAUCAAUCAGUUGUUGUUGGUCUGUUAAUAUUGUCCCAAAUAAAUUGAAUGGAAUGAACCAGAUAUUUCUGUUUCAUUGUUACACUAUUUACAAUGGUAAUGGUAGUCUUUCUUUCAAGGCUAAUGUCGAUCAUUAACUUACUGCAAUUCCUCACGGUGUAGUAGCUGGAUAUCAGAGAUAAGACAAACAUUUGCAGUUAAACAGUACAGUAUAGCUCUAAAGUGAUCAGAAGUCCUUGUUUGUCAGCGAUUGUUUUAGCUGGGGUGUCAGUCCUGACAAAUAUCUGCACUAAAAUGUCCUAGUUUUCAACAUUUACCUGCAAAUUUUCACAGUUCGUACCACAAGUCACCUGUGAACAUUUAAAGAAAAAAACAACAUUUCAAAGACGACACACAUAGUGUAGUUUACUGGUAGCCUGACUAGAGUCUCGUCUUGUAGCAUGAUAUAAUGUAUAUUUAAGACACCUUCAUAUGGUUCUCAUUGAGGCAUAAGGCUGCUGCAAAAUCAACAGUGAACUGGCAGGAAAAUGCUUUUAUAUUAAUGUCUUAAAAUAGAUCUAUUGUUGUAAAUAUGACAAAGAAUUUUGAGUGUCAGCCUGCCACCGUUAUCACUGCAAGAAAAAACAGGCCGGCUAUAGUAGCUAACAGUAGGCUAAUGGGGGUUGUGUAAGUAACACCAGAUUUGCGCAAGUUUUGUCAGAACAUGGUCAGGAUAGGUUGUUGGGCUGUGAGUCUUGAGAGUGUACAUUACUUUUCUCUAUGGUUUUUACUAAUCUAGGAUUACCAUUUUAACAUGACUGCUAAUAAGAGGGAACUUUAAAGGGUCAGUUGCCUUGAACCAGCCUUAUAACUCCGUCACAUCCCCCAUAACAGCAGCUACUCCAGCUGCAGGUGCUAUAAUCCUAUUACUGCUACUUCGAUAAAUACAUCACAAAACUUUCUUCAAAGAUAGUAUCAUGAAUAUAAUGAGUGAGUAAUUUCAUCAAAACAUUUGAUGUAGAGCAGACCUGGGCAUUGGGCGUGAGGUUUCCCAGAAAUUAAAAAUCAAUACAACCACAGUGGUUUUAUUUUGAAGGCGAUUUACGUAUGUGUGCACUGGCACCUGCACAGAAAUGUGUUCCACAAAAAACACUGAGUUACUUUGUUAUCUUGUGAAAAAUACU